GCUGAUGAUAUCGAUCACUCAGUUGUUUACAACUUCCUUCGCAAUGUUUACAACGUAAGCAGUCCGCGGAUAUUUUUAGCUAAUUAGGAGAGAGCCACUGGAUGCAAUGAGGAUCGCGGCCCGCUGACUGAACCAACCCAACCUCCUAGACCCACUCUCGCACCCAAAUGUUGCCCACGUACGAGCGCCUCAGCGACCCGAAGAGCGUCUUCUUCCGGCUGCCCUUCGCCCGGCUGGCGCUUACCGCUCUGAGCCUGCCCCUGGGCGGCUUCCUUUUCUGCGUGGCCUGGUCGCUGGCCUUUGACUUUGUGCGGAGCACCUACACCCACUGCGAUGUGGCCAACUAUCUGCCCUCUGUGUCGGCGGCGAUUGGGAACUAUGAGCCCCAGCGAACAGUCUGGCGGCUGGCCAUCUUUCUGCACCUGCCGCUCCGGCUGGCCGUGGCCAAGAUGUACCUGGAACACUAUCGUGAGCACAUCAGACGCAGCCGGCGGUUGCUGGGCGUCCUGGCCUGCUGCCUGAACGUGGUAGAGGAUCUUGCCCUAUUCUGCCUCUCCUUUUGGACAUCGGCGGAUCACUAUGAGACGCACCGGAAUGCCUUUGUGGUGUUCAUUGCCUGCUCCGAGUGCUACAUGCUCGUCUCGUAUCUGUUGAACAGGAAUGCCCGGAAGGCAGUGCUGUUGCCGCACGAAGAGAAGUCGCUGAGGUACAAGCGGAACCUCUUUCUGGUCAAUGUGGUGGCCUUUGGACUGGCGGGAUAUUGCUUCGUGAGGCACAAUUCCCAUUGCGAGGCGGGAGUCUACACCUUCUUCGCCUUGUUCGAGUAUGUGGUGGUGCUGACCAACAUGGGCUUCCACAUGACCUCCUACUGGGACUUCCACGCCCUCAACGUGGUGUGCGAUGCCAAGCAUGGUCUUUACCUAUCACAGUUCUAGCACAGAUCCAGAUCCAGAUCUUAUACCAGCUCUCAGCUAGCAUCCAGCCAUCAUCGAGUAUUCUGUACAUACGCGGUAUUAGCUUAAGCUCAAGGUUUACUUAAUUUUUCCAAAGGGAUUCCGUUGCCGAAAACGUUGCAGUAUAUGAGAGGACACGCUUUUAGUUAAGGCUCUACAUCUAUAUCCUCUCGAUUGGUUCUAUUUUCGCGAUUAUGUGGUUUCUUUUCAUUAAUUAUUUGUAAGCUAGAAAGUUUAGAUGAAUUCAGUAUGAGAAAAUAUGCAUUAUUUAUACAUGAUUUUAGUUAGGCAGAAUGUUAAAUUUUUUACACAAAACGCGAUUCGAAAUUGGUUUAAUGAGACUCUAAGCAAAAUGAUUGUAUUUAUUUGAGCUUUAGCAGCGCAGUGGCAAUUACCGAACUCUUUAAAAAAGCUUUGAUUGAAAUAAAUAAACGUUUUUUAAAAUCAAAAA